AUGGCAGCAAAGGUUUCAUUUCUGGAAGAGGAGCUCUGCUGCUCUGUGUGUUUGGACAUCUUCAAGGACCCUGUAGUCCUGAAAUGCAGCCACAGCUUCUGUAGAGUGUGUCUGCAGCAGUGCUGGGAAGAGAAGAGCUCUCAGGAGUGUCCCAUCUGUAAGAGGAAGGCUUCUAUGAAUCCUCUGCUACCUAAUCUGGUUUUAAAGAACAUCGUUGAGUCCUACUUAAAGCAGAAGGCUGAGAGUAAAGUUGGACAGAAGACUGAAGCCGCAGAGGAGAGUGAAGCUCGCUGCAGUCUCCAUGGAGAGAAACUUCUGCUCUUUUGUGUUCAUGAUGAGGAGGUGGUCUGUGUCGUGUGUCAGACCUCGAGGAAACACUUAACCCACCAGCUCUGCCCAGUGGAUGAAGCAGCACAGGAUCUGAAGGAGGAGCUGAGAACUGCACUGACUUGUGUUAAAGAAAAACUGGACAGCUUCAUUAAAGUUAAACAGGAGAGUAAGAAAUCAGCAGAACACAUCUGGAGUCAGACCAGAAAAACAGAGAGGCAGGUAAAGGCAGAGUUUGAGAAGCUCCAUCAGUUCCUGCGAGAUGAAGAGGAGGCCAGACUAGCUGCACUGAGGGAGGAAGAGAAGCAGAAGAGUCAGACGAUGAAGGAGAAGAUAGAAAACCUUUCCAGACAUAUCACAGUCCUUUCAGACAAAAUCACAGCUAUAGAGAAGGUCAUGGACACUGACGACAUCCACUUCUUACAGGCAGUGACUCCUGCUUGUCAUUACAGAGCCCAGUGCAAACUGCAGGAUCCACAGCUGCUUUCAGGGGCUCUGAUGGAUGUGGCCAAACACCUGGGCAAUCUGAAGUUCAGAGUCUGGGAGAAGAUGCUGGGGAUGGUGCAGUACACUCCUGUGACUCUGGACCCCAACACUGCAGCCUCCUGGCUCUGCCUAUCUGAUGAUCUGACCAGCGUGAGAUACAUUCAAACAGACCAGCAAUUUCCUGACAACCCAGAGAGGUUUGACUUGUACGGAAUGGUAUUGGGCUCUGAGGGGUUUACCUCAGGAAAACACAGCUGGGAGGUGGAGGUGGGGAACAAAUCCGAGUGGGAUGUAGGAGUGGCGAAAGAGUCCAUCAACAGGAAGGGGGAGAACGAAUACAGCCCAGAGGAAGGACUCUGGGUCGUCACCCUGAGGGAAGGGGAUGAGUACACAGCCUGUGCCUCCUCACCAUCACCCCUCACCCUGAAGAGGAAACCCCAGAGGAUCAGAGUAGAGCUGGACUAUAGUAGGGGGGAGGUGUCCUUCUAUGACCCCAGCGACAUGUCACACAUCUAUACUUUCCGAGACACAUUUACUGAGAGACUCUUUCCAUAUUUCAAUCCUUGUGCAAAUAAUGAUGGAAGCAACCCAGGAGCCCUGCAGAUCUGUCCAGUGAAGGUGUCUGUAACAGUGAUGUCAUCCCAGUGA